CCGCCGCUGCCGGAUAGUGCCGAAGAGGAGGGGGCGUUCCCCAGACCAUGGCAUCCACGGAAGGUGCCAACAAUAUGCCCAAGCAGGUGGAAGUGCGGAUGCACGACAGCCACCUCACCUCGGAGGAGCCGAAGCACCGGCAUCUGGGCCUGCGCUUGUGUGAAAAGCUGGGGAGUAAUCUCCUGCUCACGCUGACGGUGUUAGGUGUCAUCCUGGGGGCACUGUGUGGAGGGCUCCUUCGCUUGGCGUCUCCGAUCCACCCUGACGUGGUUAUGCUAAUAGCCUUCCCAGGGGAUAUACUCAUGAGGAUGCUGAAAAUGCUCAUCCUCCCUCUAAUCAUCUCCAGUUUAAUCACAGGGUUGUCUGGCCUGGAUGCUAAAGCCAGUGGCCGCCUAGGCACAAGAGCCAUGGUAUAUUACAUGUCCACAACCAUCAUUGCUGCUGUGCUGGGGGUCAUCCUGGUCCUGGCCAUCCACCCGGGGAAUCCCAAACUCAAGAAGCAGCUGGGGCCUGGGAAGAAGACGGAUGAGGUGUCCAGCCUGGAUGCCUUCUUGGACCUCAUUCGAAAUCUCUUCCCUGAAAACCUCGUGCAAGCCUGUUUUCAACAGAUUCAAACAGUGACAAAGAAAGUCCUGGUGGCCCCUCAGUCAGAAGAGGAGGACAAUGCCACCAAUGCUGUCAUCUCCCUGUUGAACGAGACUGUGACCGAGGCACCUGAGGAGACUAAGAUGGUGAUCAAAAAAGGCCUGGAGUUCAAGGACGGGAUGAAUGUCUUAGGUCUGAUAGGGUUUUUCAUUGCUUUUGGCAUCGCCAUGGGGAAAAUGGGAGAGCAGGCCAAGCUGAUGGUGGAGUUCUUCAACAUUUUGAAUGAGAUUGUAAUGAAGUUAGUGAUCAUGAUCAUGUGGUACUCUCCCCUGGGUAUCGCCUGCUUAAUUUGUGGGAAGAUCAUCGCCAUCAAGGACUUGGAAGUGGUUGCUAGGCAACUGGGGAUGUACAUGAUAACCGUGAUCGUGGGCCUCAUCAUUCAUGGGGGCAUCUUUCUCCCCUUGAUUUACUUUCUAGUGACCAGGAAAAACCCUUUCUCAUUUUUUGCUGGCAUUUUUCAAGCUUGGAUCACUGCCCUGGGUACCGCUUCCAGUGCUGGAACUUUGCCUGUCACCUUCCGUUGCCUGGAAGAAAAUCUGGGGAUUGAUAAGCGUGUGACCAGAUUUGUCCUCCCAGUUGGAGCAACCAUUAAUAUGGAUGGUACAGCCCUUUACGAAGCAGUGGCUGCCAUCUUUAUAGCCCAAAUGAAUGGCGUUGUUCUGGAUGGAGGUCAGAUUGUGACUGUCAGGGGCAACUUGAAUUUCAGUUCUCCAAGUGGAAGAAUGGCAGAGGAAAUAACAGAGAAGAGGAAUUAUUGGCAGGUUCAAAGAGAAAAGAUUGUGCAGGAAAGAAGCUUCGUAGAGUCAUUGAAAACAUCAGUCUUCAAACCAUUCACUGUUGUACUGACAUUGUGGCAUGAAAUAAAACUCUUUACAGUCAUCACUCCCACUCCAGCCAGUAUCCCCAGUGCUGGGCUGGUCACCAUGCUCCUCAUUCUGACGGCCGUGGGCCUGCCAACAGAGGACAUCAGCCUGCUGGUGGCUGUGGACUGGCUGCUGGACAGGAUGAGAACUUCAGUCAAUGUCGUGGGUGAUUCUUUUGGGGCUGGGAUUGUCUAUCACCUCUCCAAGUCUGAGCUGGAUACCAUCGACUCCCAGCACCGAGUGCAUGAAGAUAUUGAAAUGACCAAGACUCAAUCCAUUUAUGAUGACAUGAAGAACCAUAGGGAAAGCAACUCUAAUCAAUGUGUCUAUGCUGCACACAACUCUGUCAUAGUAGAUGAGUGCAAGGUAACUCUGGCAGCCAACGGAAAGUCCGCCGACUGCAGUGUUGAGGAAGAGCCUUGGAAACAUGAAAAAUAAGGACAUGACUCUCAGCAAAUUCUUGAAUAAAGUCCCCAGCAUAUCUUAUGGUAAAAGAUGAUAUAAACAAGCUUUCUUUAAAAAGGAAAAAAAUGCGUAUAUUUCUAUGUUUACUUAAUCUGUUAGCUGAGGCUUAGAGGAGCUGUCGUGAGUCAGUGAUGACAGGCACAGUGCUGUGUCUUUGCCAAAUAACGCUUCAUAACCAUCUAAUUUUCUCACUUGCAUUGUUUGAAUGGAUGCUGCUGGACGAAUCGGUUUGAAUUGAAGACACCUUCUUGCCAGCUUCCCUUUUCUCUCAAGACGCAGAAAUGUGGAUGCUCUUUUCCCAGGGGACAUGACUAAAGCAUGGUAUUCUCCAGGGACUUGGGAUAAUGAGCAGACACACCGUGUGUUAUUCCUUCAAGUGUUCUUCAUGUCUUGCUGUGUGAUGAACAAGAGAUUCUGUUAGAAACCUCUAGAAGUAAUUCCCCUUAAAGGUCUUACAGAGUUUGCACAUGCAUCGAUUAAAAGCAAGUACCUGUCUUAGAGAACUCUGACAAUUUAUCUUCUGUGUACUCUUUAAGUUAAAUGUUUCAAAGAGGAGAUUAGUGGGAGCCAUACUCUUAAAAGCAGCUGAUUAUUGAACCCAUUGUGUCUCUGCCCUCCCCUGUGUAGUCUCUGUGAAUAAUGAUUGAAACAUCAAAGUAUGUCCCAUAAUUGCCUCUAAAUUUGAUAAUGGAUUAGGAAGUAUUUUACAUAUAACUACUGUAUAUAUUGACAAAAGUAAGGGAGAACAGUCAACAUAAAUUUUAACCAGAUAUAAAUAUUCAAA